AUGAACACAGGAUUCACAUUCCCGCCUAAUUCAGGCGAACCGAAGAUCGACAAUUUUAAAUUCCCAAGAGAGGCAGAACAGCCAGCUGUUGCGAUUCCGGAUGACUCUCCAGACGUUGAACAGGCACUCGCUAGCCCACAAGUGGCACAAAGGGAUCCACCUGUUGCAGUAAAACGCAGUGAUACAAAUCAUUCAAAAUCAGAAUUGCCAUCUUUAGAGACUUCUCCGCAUAUCAUUAGAUCCUCUACUCCUCUCAUAAGCGAGCAAAACGAACAGCUGAGUGAGCCUGCCGUAAUCAUACCUGCUGCGAAACGUGAGAAUGCGAAUGUCGCAAGCAAUGAAUCAUUUACCAAUGAGUAUGCCAAGAACAUGCGCCAAAACUUGGCGACUGAUUGGAAAAGCUCUUCAGAAUAUGCGCUGCACAUCCUUUUCACCAAAUUUGUACGACAUGCUGAAAACAAACUAAAUCUUUGUCUACAAUACCCACUUGAUUCAGAGCCUCCGAUUGUGGAUCUAUUGGGGGAGGGUGUUGAUCUAGCAUUUGACAAGAUCAUAGAAUCCCUGGGAUUCAUUUCCAAAAAAAAGCCUAAGCCAGUAAUAGACGCCAUGAUGUUCUGGAGAAAAACAAAGUCUGAGGUUGCUGCCGUGGCGGCAGAAAAUGUUGAGAAACUAAUUCAAGAGAACGACCUACUAAGGCACAGCAGCGUUUUUCAAGAAGGAACACGGACACUUCAUUCUGGAACCGCAGCGCUACAAACUCACACCAAGACAUUAAGCUCAGGGAGCAAGAAAUCCCACGGACGAAAUAACUCUUCAAAAUCAUACACAAGCACAAGCAGCGCCGUCGAGGUGAAGCAGCGUGUAAUGGAAGACCAAAUAGAAACAGCCAAAGAAACAGCUUUUCAGGCAGAUAGAAAGUCGCUAAUCAGCAUUUACAUCCUAUGCCGUGUGCUCAUCGAAAUUGUCAAACAAGGUUCCGGUACUUCAGACGAUGACCUAAGUGACAAACUUGAGGAGAUUGUAUUCACUCAAUUAAAGACAACAGACCCAAUCUCUAUUUCUUCAAGCAUUAUCAAAUCGUCAAACUGGAAUUCCUUUGCAGAGCUUCUAGGUUGCAUGUCUGCCUCUAAAUUCGUUACUGUAAGUGAUCGCUUCAUAGCAGAUCUGGAAAAGCUGCCAUCAUCUUUGCCAAGAGAGCUGGAACCCUCUGUUCACCUAUUGAUAUUAGGUAUGAGGUAUUUGAAACUCAAGAACUAUCCUCUGGACUUGUUUGAAGAAAGUGCAGACUUUAUCAAGUCAUUAGCCAAGUUUCUCGUUGCAUCCCAAAAUUAUUCUAUUUGCUUGGCUUAUGCGGAAGUCAUAAGCCAACUACUGCUGCCCUUAGCUGGAUCUUUGACAGCAGAAGUUAAUCACCCAACUUGGGUGGAAGCGAUGGCUUUAAUUCUAGAGACUUGCCAGAAGUUUCAAAAUGACAAUAAAUUCUGGGCAAGUUCUUUUAAAUUGAUGGUGACUGUGCUUUGUGUUUCACCUCAAGAGUUGUUUUGUGAGCAAUGGAUGAAUCUUUUAGAGAAGAAUAUAACCAAGGUAAAAUCUAAAAGCUUGAAUGACAGGGUAGUUUUUGCCACGGGCCUCUCGCGUUUAGUUUGGGUCUACCUCUUCAGAUGUACAGAAACUUUGAAUAAUACCGAAAGACGUUUGAAGAAGCUUUUUAUGCUUUUCCUCACUACAAAGAAGAAAGAUAACUGGAUAACAACAGAUAUGGAUCUCAUUAAUCCCCUUACCGAUGUUCUUGUGACAGUGGGAUCACUUCAUCCUGGAUUUAUUAUGGAAAAUGUUAUAAUACCACUGAUCAAGAUGUCUUUUAAUGGGUCUACCUUGGAAAAUUUAGGGUUUGAGAGGCUAAUCUUAGCCAUUGAUGCAUACAAAGGUCUGCUCGUCACAACCGAUCGCCCAGAAUUUCCAGAAAAUGACUGUCGCUUUUAUGACAUGAAUUUGAACAAAAUAUCUGGUAAGAUGAUGAAUGCGGUGUCUAGCGACCACGAGGAGGCAUGCAAGUCAUUUUAUAAGCUUUUCAUUCUUUUAGAUUCCAGUAUUGGAUCAGAAGUAUGGUCUCCGGAAAACGAACACCAACGCCAAGCUAGUACGCCCUUUGGUGGAAUUUCGUCUUUUAACUUUGGGUUUUCGAAUGAAAACGCCAAUAGCUCCAACCGUGGUCUCAAUGCGGCGUUGUUUGCUGCUCUCAUUGAGGCGCUGCCAUGUUGCCUGACAGUAUCUGGCCAGAUCCCGUUCAAAUCAACGAUUGAGAUUUUAGCUAGAAAUGCUGUUCAUCGAAAUUUACUGAUCGCAACCAGUUCUCAAAGCGCGUUGAAGGCGCUAGCUUUGAAAAGGAACCCAUAUACAUUAAUUACCUGGUUUGCGAAAUAUUCAUUCGAUUUUGAUGAAAAGACUCAGUCUAGUUAUAACUUGGCCUACCUUUCAUCCUCUGAGUAUCGCAAACUACUGGUUCUCUACAUUGAACUUUUGCAAUGUUGGUUGACUGAAUUUAAAAUCUCCAACGAAGUGAAGUCAGCUAAGGAAUUAGGCCUUGGUGGUAACUUCACUGCAGCGGCCGAAAAUGAUGCUACCGAAAGUAAAGAUACUGAAAAGUAUGAGUGGAAAAAUACUGUCACGGUCAUCGAGGAUGUGGAGGGCAAUGGUUUGUUUUUCCUUUGCUCUCACGACCAUAUAGUUAGGCGCCUAGCGGUACAAAUACUGCGUAUUGUCUCUAAAUUUGAUGAGGCGAUGCUGGAGAAAACUCACGGAUUGGAGAAAGUGCACGCACGCUCUCUAUCCAGGUUCGUCGCGGAGCGUGGGACACGUCUUAUCGAUUUGCUUCAAACUUGCAAUUAUACCGUGCUCGUUGAGAACAAAAGACUAGCUAUGAGCGUAGCCGAAAAAGCUCGACUCGCGAAGCUAAGCUCCAAGUAUAAAGGUGGAAUUUUGAUCAAACUUGCUGAGUCGGACUAUGGUGUCGACGCCGCACUUUGGAUGCGAACUUUUUCAAAAUUAUUGUCAUUGAUCUUUGAAAGAUCACCGGUGACUAUGGCUCUUUGUCGCUCCAUAGUAUGCAUAAGGCUGGUCCAGCUACAUGAAAUAAUUCUAUCCGUUGCAAAUAACGCCCAGAUUGAGUCAAGAGAGAUUUCACCUCAAGCAAUUGUAAACCAGUGGAAACUUUAUUUGAUUGUCGCGUGUUCGUCACUGACAUCGACCAGCGAUCAAAAGCUUCACAUUCCCACAACAAACCAUCAGCACGGUAGAAACAAGUCACAGCAGAUAUUUACCGUUCAGCAUCAAAAAAUCAAAUCAGCAACUUCUAUAUUCAAGAUGGUUUUACCGCUGCUUAAUUGCCAAAAUGCCUUCGUCAAAGAUGCAAUAAUAACAGGUUUGAGCUCUAUGAAUGUGAACAUUUUUAAAGCAUACUUGCAAAGUGUAGACAUGCUUCUCCACAGUUGGCGGGUAGACAGCUCUUCAAACGGCAUGAGAAUCGAAAUCUUUCACAUCUUGGCAGUUUUGGCGUCGUUUUUCACCAGUCCCACAGUUCUUGAUGACGAAUGGAUAUUACGGAAAUUAUCUCAAUAUUUGAAAGACGCCAAAAGAUUUUUAGAGAUCAAACAUGUGCAGUCUUCUUUCCAGUAUCAACUGUUGCGCAGUUAUUUUGCUGGUUUAUUGUCGAAUUACUUUUUGGCUGUGAAAAAGCACCCCCUCGUAGAUGAGUUGUUCCCAUUUGAAGCGCGAGCAUCAUGCUUUAAUUUUCUUAAGGAAUGGUGUGGAUAUGGCCAAGAUAGCACGACAUCAACCGAGAGAUACCAUGAUAUGAGGGAGAAUCAAAGUCUGAGAGACCGAGGAACUCUUUCCACUGCCAUGGAAUUCCAGAAAACCCGCUUGGAGCUCAUAGCUCUGGAAGCGAUGGUCAAUUUAUGCUGUGACACUAUUACAAAAACUAUAAACGAGAUUCCAGAUUCUCCCAUCUACAUUUCAUUUGAUAUUUCAGGUCUUGUAAGCUGGAUAGAUUCUUUGUUUAACUCACACGAUGAAAGGGUUCGAAGAUUGGGAACUGUCGCUCUGAAGGGACUGCUUGAGAAUAAUAAACAAAAUUACCAACUUCACAACGACACCUUAAUGCAAUACUCACUGCAUAACCUUGAUACUCGCGUUGCAACGUUUUAUUAUACGGCAGUAUGUGAUUCGCUUCUCAGAAUGGAGUCCUUCAUUCUCCCUGAGGACGAUGUUGUAUCUCUUGGCUUGAGCGGGCUUUACAACGAAAGCAAUGAGGUUCGAUCUUUCUCAAUCGACAUACUAUCCGCUAUUGAAACAAAAAAUUACAAGUCUUCGUACACUAAAGUUUUUAAAGAGCGGCUGGCGAAUGACUCUAAAACGGUAUACAAGUCAACUGCAAAAGAGAUUUCUACAAUUUUCGCUGAGCUCCCCUCUGGUGAAGUACGCCUCAAGAUUUUCUCGAUAAUGUGUCGGAAUAUCAACUUUCUGAAGUCUGAACUGAAACAAGACAUAUUAACCUUAUUAGUACCAUGGGUUCACAAAUUCACUCUAAAAAACAUUGAUGAUGCUGGAACUUUUAUGGUUUUGAACAACCUUUUUGCCAUCACUGUCGAGCACAAUAAUAGAUACCCGAUGGAGAUAGAGCAGCUUUGGAUAUCUUUAGGCAAAGGCAAUGGUUUCCAAAAUAUCCAUGUGGCUCUUGACUACAUCUUGAGUACGUCAAUUUCAUCACGCAAUCCGAAAUUUGUUAAAAGUGCGAAAGAUGUUGUUCUCUACCUGGCCAAUGUUCCCGGCGGCAUGGGAGUUAUUGAUUCUUUUAUGAUAAACCUCGAACCCAAACAUAUGAUUCCCGAAACAAGCUGUGCAAGACUUGAAAUGCCCACAGGUGAAAAGUAUGCUUUUGUCGCUAACGUUUGGAAACUGCUGGCCUACAGAGGAAAGGAAGUUGUAUUUUCCAAGGCUCAACUUUCUAUAAUCUACCUGGUAAACCUUUUGACAAUACCUAACGAUUCCAUGAAAAAUAAGGUUCCUCUGCUGCUUCAUAUCUGUUUUUCUCUCAUCGAUCAUUACGUGCCCAUCAUUCAUGAAAGCGCGGCAAAGAUUUUGUCCGAUUUGAUAUUUGGUCUCGUCCCGACUCAUGAGAAAGCGGAAGAGACUGUUUCAUUGAUCAAAGAUAGGGCUCAAAUUUGGGCUUACGACAACCUUGUCAGAGAUAAGAAUGGAGCCCGCUCCCCAAAGGCAAUGGAUUCAUUGGUAAGAAAUGUUGUCUCACUUUUCUCCACCUUUGAAAACCUGCAAAUAGACUGGCAGAAUAUCGCUUUGAAGUGGGCAACGACGUGUCCGGUAAGGCAUGUAGCCUGUCGUUCAUUCCAGGUGUUUAGGUCACUAUUAACCUUUUUAGACAAGCAAAUGCUUCGAGACAUGCUACACAGGCUCUCCAAUACAGUUUCAGAUGACAAUCCUGAAAUUCAAGGGUUUGCUAUGCAGAUUCUAAUGACUCUGAAUGCUGUGACGGCGGAAUUGAGCCCCGCUAAGCUGAUUGAUUUCCCUCAGAUGUUUUGGGCUUUAGUCGCGUGCUUGAGUAGUGUACACGAACAGGAAUUUGUUGAGGUGCUUUCAAGUCUAACCAAGUUCGUGUCUAAAAUCGAUCUGGACUCUCCGGAUACAGUUCAAUGUUUGAUUGCUACAUUUCCAUCUUCCUGGGAAGGAAGGUUUGAUGGUUUGCAGCAAACUAUCAUGGGUGGUUUGCGAUCUCACAACUCUUGGGAUAUAGCAUUGGGAUUUCUUGAUCGAUUGAAUUUGUUCAAAGAUAGCCGAAUCAUCGCCAACAGUAAUUCUAGAGUCUUAUUCGCUUUACUGGCCAAUUUGCCACGGUUUCUCAAUGCCAUGGACGAGGAAGAAUUUGAUAGCGACAUAAAGAAAGCGGCAGAAUCUCUGAUAGUGCUUGCCAACUCUAAUAGUCAGCCAUCUUUGGCACGCUUGGUUGACUCAUUAUCCAAAAAUAAGUUUAGGUCCAAGAAAGACUUUUUGAGUCAGGUUGUGAGCUUUAUUUCCCGAGUUUAUUUUCCCGACUAUUCAGCUCAGACAUUAGUCUUUCUUAUGGGUCUCCUCUUUAACAAAACUGAUUGGGUUAAAACGCAAACAUUGCAGCUUUUGCAGCAUAUAGUUCCACUAAUUGAUUUGAGCCGCCCAGAGUUUACCGGUGUGGGGGCUGAUCUAAUUUCUCCACUCUUGAGGCUUCUCCUGACCGAGUAUGAGUCGCAAGCGCUCGAGGUACUGAAUUCUGUUAGGAAUGUUUCGGGAAGUAAGAUGGACAAGGAUGUCCUACGGAUAAGCAUGGGUAAUAAAGAUGCCAAAAUUUCUUACAGCAGAACUGCGACUUUAUUUGGUAUACCCGAAGAAAGUGGUUGGUCAGUUCCCAUGCCAACAAUGACGGCAGCUACCACGAGACACAACGUACAUGCUGUUUUCACGACUUGUUCUGAUAAUGCUAGCGAUGAUCCUGUUCAGCGUGAGCCAGACAAUCUAGCCGAUGUAGUUGAAUUUCACGCAGAUGGCGGCUAUGCAGCAGCUACGACUGCUGAAAUCAAUGACACAACUUCAAUUGUUGAAGAUAAAGAUGGUUCUUUAAGCCAUAUGUGGGCGGAACUGGACAACCUCGACACGUUUUUUACCACCGAAGCCGGUCUCCCCGAAGCCGAAUUUGAAUCAAAAAUGUUCGAACAUGGUCACUCUAACUCUGGUGACACUAUGCACGCCGAAAAUCCAAAUGUUCUUGAGUCUGCCCCACAGAUUUACGACAAGAAAGUGUCCGUGAUUCUCAAUCACAGCUUGACGAGAACCCCUUCUAACGUAUCUUUCAAGACCAACCUGGCAGAUUCAUUCGGCACAAGUAUGCAUGGCGGACCUCAUGUGUUGAAGGAUAAUGUUAGCUCUCAACACAGUCGUGUUGGCUCCAACCCAGCGAGAUCGGUAUCGAGUGGACAAUUCCAGUCAGGAAAAACUGCUCCAAGAGCAUCUCAGAUUGCAGUACAUCACGGCGGAGACACAAUUUCUCCCACUAAAAUAAAAGGUGCUGAGAAUCCCGAACUCUUAUUCAGAUUUGAAGGAAUCCUAAGAAAUCCCAAUAGGACAAAAAAAAAGUGGCAAAAACAGCAACACCAACAACAGCAACUACUUGCUCAAACCUUUCAAGACGAGCAUGGAAGUUACAGUUAUGAACGAGAUUCUUCAGCAAGUCUCUCUCCCGUAAUUGGAGGAAAAACGAGCCCUCCAUUGUCCCCUGUUAUAAUAAGCAACGGAAAACACAUACAGCCUGCUUCAAAGGACGUCACUAAACAGAAAGGCGCACAGAAUAAGUCCAAAACACAAAAGCAUCAUUACCACUUACCACAUUUUUCUAGUCGUCUAUCAGAUGGGAAGUUGACACCGCCUCUUUCAGGCUCAUCUGCUGGCUUUUCCCUUCGUUCUUCUCCUUCUCCAAGACCGGCCAAGGUAUCAGCGCCAAGCCUUCCAUUGAGCGCACAGAGCCAGCUUUCAAAAAGGGUGAAAUCUUUUCAUGGUAAAUCGAGGAUGAGCACUGGGCUGGAGGGCACCUCAUUCAGCCAAGAAACGCCCGUUCAAAAGCUGAUGCAGGAUAGAAAUUUGGAGGACGAUCUGAUGAUUGAAAAACAGCUUCUCUCAUUACAAGACGAACUUCAAAAUAGAACAGCGAGUGGGGACGUUAACUCUCAGUAG